CUAGUCACCAUCUUGCCGUUUAGAUUUUGUCAUGCGUAAAACGAACAAAAUCACCCUGAUCGUCAGUAUCAUUCAGAGGGCGUAACCGGAUUAAGGUCUCUCUCUCUCUCUCUUCUCUCUCUCUCUCUCUCUCUCUCUCUCUCCCCAAAGCUUCCGGAAUGGAGACCAGGACCGGAGACUUGUCGGGAAUCAGUCGAGAGCUGGAGCAGUUAAAGGCAAGAAAGGCAGAUAUGGAGCGUCGGAUUUCGGCUCUCGAAGCCCAGCUCCAAGAGAACACGGUGGCGGACGCUGUAUCCAACGGCUACUGUCGUUCCACGUUGCCGGCGUCAUAUCCCGAGCUCGGUCACGGGUUGUCUCCGGACCAGAUUUACCGUUACAGUCGUCACUUGUUGCUCCCAUCCUUUGGAGUUCAAGGGCAGUCAAAUCUCUUGAAGUCUUCAGUAUUAGUUGUUGGAGCUGGAGGGCUGGGUUCACCAGCCUUAUUGUAUCUUGCAGCAUGCGGUGUUGGGCGAUUGGGUAUUAUUGAUCAUGAUGUGGUGGAGCUCAAUAAUAUGCACAGGCAGGUUAUUCACACUGAACCAUUUAUCGGUCUGCCCAAAGUAAGAUCUGCUGCUGCUGCAUGUCGCUCCGUAAACUCUACAAUUAAAAUUGUUGAACAUGUGGACGCUCUUCGUACAUCCAACGCUUUGGAAGUCUUCAGCCAAUAUGAUAUCAUUGUAGAUGCAACCGACAAUCCUCCAAGCCGUUACAUGAUCAGCGAUUGCUGUGUGCUCUUAGGAAAGCCUCUGGUGUCGGGUGCGGCUCUUGGAAUGGAAGGGCAGCUUACAGUCUAUAAUUACGAUGGAAGCCCAUGUUACAGGUGCCUAUUUCCCACUCCUCCGCCUUCAACAGCUUGCCAAAGAUGUUCUGAUAGUGGAGUUCUUGGAGUAGUUCCUGGAGUUAUCGGUACUCUCCAAGCACUUGAGGCAAUCAAAAUAGCGAGUGGUAUUGGUGAGCCGCUCUCUGGACGAAUGCUUCUUUUUGAUGCGUUGUCUGUAAGGAUCCGUGUUGUCAAGAUUAGAGGCCGGUCAUCCCAGUGUACAGUUUGUGGAGAGAAUUCUACUUUCGAUGAGCUGUGUUUCAAGCAUUUCGACUAUUCAGAGUUCACCCAAAUUCCCUUAUUUGCGGGACCUUUGAAGUUAAACAUGCUUCCUGCAGAGUCAAGAAUCAGCAGUAAGGAGUUCAAAGAGAUUGUUGAGAAAGGCGAUCCACACGUACUACUCGAUGUUCGACCCUCCCAUCACUUCAAGAUUGUCUCUCUUCCGGAUUCGCUCAACAUCCCUCUUGCAAACUUAAAGGAUCGGUUACAUGAGCUUACUUCAGCCCUGAAAGGAAAGGCAGAUGCCGAGGUUAAGACCGGUUCUGGCAUCAGUCCUAGUCUCUAUGUGGUUUGCAGAUGGGGAAACGAUUCACAGAGAGCCGUGGAAUGUCUCCGGAAAGCGGAUUUUGAUUCGGCUAAGGACAUCAUCGGAGGUCUGGAGUCAUGGGCUGAAGACGUUGAUCCGAGCUUCCCUACCUACUAGGAGUAAAAGCUGUGUGUUCAAACCGGAACCUGGAAAUCUCAGACCAAAGCCCCCUCCUGUAUUAUGAGCUCCAGAUCUUGUGCUGUCUUAAACAGAAAAGCAGAAAGAGAGAACAUGAUCCCCUGCUUCUGUCAACUGAUAAAAUAUGUAACACACGUGUUUCAUGUUGGAGAUUUUCCAAGUUUCA